UUGGUGGGGACGGUCUAUUCCCGGCCAGGACCCGGAAGUGAAUGGGCGGGGUGGGCUGGUAGCAGGGGUCCAGGCCCGGGCCUGCAGCUGGAAUCCGGAUCGGGGAGUCGCCUGGUCCCCGGGAUGGUCAUCUAUGGUGGCGACUAAAGGCCGCAGCGGACGGCAGCAGGAGCAGCAGCUCGCCUCCGAUGGACGAGUGGAAGCCGAACCCUCGGGCCAAGCCGUUCGUCCCGCGGCGGCACAGGAGCUGGUUCAUCGCCUGGAAGUACAGGCUGAGGGGGCAGCGGUCGGUCAGGAGGCUGUGCCAGACUGGUGCACUCCUGUUUUUACUUGUGACCAUAAUUGUCAACAUCAAACUUAUUUUGGGUACAAGAAGAGCAGCAAAUGAGGAAGAACUAGAAGAAAACUAUGAUGAUGCAAUGCCUAACAUGGAAACUGCUCGUAGGCCUUCACAUGGCCGGAAGGUUCUGGACAUUGAAGUAUAUUCCAGCAGGUCGAAAGUCUAUGUUGCUGUUGAUGGAACCACAGUUCUUGAAGAUGAAGUCAAAGAGCAGAGUCGAGGAAUACAUGUUAUUGUUCUGAAUCAAGCUUCCGGCCACGUAAUGGCCAAACGAGUGUUUGAUACUUACUCACCCCAUGAAGAUGAAGCUAUGAUCCUGUUCUUGAAUAUGGUGUCUCGUGGGAGAAUCCUUCUGUUCACUAUCAAGGAUGAGGGAUCUUUCCAUCUGAAAGACUCUGCCAAAAAUCUGCUUAAAAGCCUCGGUAGUCAAAUUGCUUCAUCACUCAGUUGGCGAGACAUGUGGACUUUUGUGGUAAAGAAAGCAGGUCAAGUGUAUGGUGAAAAACAUUCAAAAUCUCCUGCCUUGGCCACUUGGGGUGAUCCAGUUUUAUUGAAGACCGAAGUUCAGCUAACCUCAACUGAAGAUGCCGAGUGCCAUUGGGCAGACACGGAUGCCAAUCGGAGGAGGAAGACGUUUUGCAGCAAGGUGGAAGGAUAUGGGAGCAUCUGCAGCUGUAAGGAUCCAGCACCUAUUGAAUUUAACCCCGAACCUUUAAAGGAUAACAAAGUUUAUGAUGUCCCAGUGGCAGUGAUAGCAGGUAACAGGCCUAACUACCUUUACAGGAUGUUGCGUUCAUUACUGUCUGCACAAGGUGUAAAUCCAGAGAAGAUCAUUGUCUUCAUUGAUGGUUACUAUGAGGAGCCGAUGGAUGUGGUGGAACUCUUUGGCCUGAAAGGUGUUCAGCACACUCCUAUUAGCAUUAAAAAUGCUCGUGUCUCACAGCACUACAAAGCCAGUUUGACAGCUACAUUCAAUUUGCACCCGGAUGCAAAGUUUACCGUGGUACUUGAGGAAGACUUGGAUAUCUCGGUGGACUUUUUCAGUUUUCUCAGCCAAACAAUCCAUUUACUUGAAGAGGAUGAAAGUUUAUAUUGCAUAUCUGCUUGGAAUGAUCAGGGUUAUGAGCACACAGCAGAGGACAUUGCUCUGCUCUAUCGAGUGGAAAGUAUGCCAGGGCUUGGCUGGGUUCUAAAGAAGAGCCUUUAUAAAGAUGAACUGGAGCCAAAGUGGCCAACACCCGAAAAGCUCUGGGACUGGGACAUGUGGGUGAGAAUGCCUGAGCAAAGAAAAGGUCGGGAGUGUAUUAUCCCAGAUGUGUCCAGAUCUUACCACUUUGGCAUUGUUGGACUCAAUAUGAAUGGCUAUUUUCAUGAAGCCUAUUUCAAGAAACACAAGCUCAACACAGUUCCAAAUGUGCAGCUUAAAAAUAUAGAUAGUUUGAAAAAGGAUGCUUACGAGAAAGAAAUUCACAAACUGCUAAGUGAGGCCAAGGUUCUAGACCAUACCAAAAACCCUUGUGAAGAUAGUUUCAUUCCAGACACUGAAGGAAAAAUCUAUCUCAUGUAUAUUCGAAUGGACCAGGAAGCUGAUUUUACAACAUGGACACAGUUAGCAAAGUGCCUGCACAUCUGGGACCUAGAUGUCCGAGGUAACCACAAGGGCAUGUGGCGGCUAUUCAGAAAGAAGAACCACUUGCUUGUUGUGGGUACACCUUCCUCUCCUUAUUCGGCAAAGAAACCAGCAUCAAUUAUCCCAAUAUAUAUUGAACCACCUCCAAAGGAAGAUGUGGAAUUGAAUUAAGGAUGGCAUUUGAGGAGUUUACUCAUCAUUUCCGUGACUACUUUGUACCACUAUAUUUAACGCAUUAUCAUGGUUUUACAUGUUUUUUUUAAAAGAUCUGCUUCAAGUAAAGAAAACAAAGUUACCAAUAGCUAAUACUUGAUUAAUUGUACUACUAUAGAUUUAGUUUUAUAAAUUAUGGAUUGAUAUUUAUUUAUUUUACAUGAAUGCUGCAACUGCAUUUUCUGAAAUAUUAGUAAAGCCAAUCAUUUGAUUAACUGGUGUAUCCAGGAAAUUAUGAAUGGGGUCCUGAUUUAUUCAAGCUAAAUAUAAUUGAAUCUGGCAAAACUGAUUAGUUCAAGCGAGCAUAUUUCUUGCAUCAUAAGUGUUUCUACUGUAAUUAUCUCCUGCUGUAUUAUGUACGACAUAACAAAUUGUUGCCCAGAAUUGUAUUAUCACAUCUUCAAAUUCUGCAAAUAUAUAAAGUACUAAUAUGUUAUGAUUUUUUAAAAAAAUGAUUGGGGUCAGUUUAUUGGGAGUAAGAUAUAGGAGGAAAAAUGUUUUUACCCCGCUGGACUGAAUUAUUUAAGGACACGUCAAUCUAACACUAAAUAUUUAAAAAGCUUGUUUAUUUGCAUUUAUUGAACUGGGGUAGAUUAUAUUGUCUAUUAUAAAUAAAUGCUGUUUAUAAUUGUAUAUAAUCAAUGAAGGACUAGUAAAAUAUUAGUACCUAUGGAACUAUAAUUGCUGCUGUUGUGUGACAGAAAAUCUCCUGAGGGUUCCCUGAAUGUUUAAACCAUUUAGUUCAAACAUCAAAGCAGGUACUUUUUCCCUUAUAGUGUUUAAUGUUUACCUACUGUGUGCUCCAGAACAGUGUCAACAGUUAUUGUGUAUUGAAUUAUAUAGUUUAAGCUUUCAUUGCUUCAGAAUCAAUGAAAUGACUGGCUUGAAUGUUCAGUUCAUAAAGGAGUAAUCCUAGUUUUAAUAAAAUGUUUUUACAAUCAACAUUAAAGCUGCUAAUGGUUGAUGGGAGGUGGGGCCAGAACAUGGGUGAGAUUUUGAACACCAAAUAUUUAACGACAAGCAAUUUAUAGUAUCUAUUUACCGUAGAUUUUCUACAAAAACACAAAAAUCAGAAUCCUUUAUAGUAAUGUGAAGGAUAGUUCACACAAGGUGUAUUGAUCUGCACAGUUUCGACUUCUAUUGAGUUAAAAUGGUUAAUGCAAAUGAUUCAUGUGGCAUCAAUGUUUCUUUCAGUUCCAUUCAUAAUGUGACAUUUACGACAAUAUGCUGGAACUGAGAAAUAAAUAAAAUAUACCCCUAACAAAAUUUCACAUGUGGAAACAGACUUAUGUUGAGUGAGUCCCAAUCCUGAGGUGGCAGUUGCUGUAGAGUGAUCUAUUUGGACAGUUGCUGAACGAUGGGUUUCCAAAAAGUGUGUAAAUCUACCAAGGUAACAAAUAACGCUCAAGAUAAUUGGACACUAUUGACUUUAAAAUCAGUUUGUGGUCAUUCCCUAUAAUUUUAAGUUUGUAGAAUUGUAGCUUUCAAAUUGCCAAAUACAUUAUGCCUGCUUAAGUACUCAAAGGUUUCUGUUAUCUGUCGAAGCUAUGUUGAAGUCUCGGAGUUUCCUAAUUUGUUUGGAACCUUAACUGCUGUGGCGAAGUUGUCUUCCCCAUCACAGUCUUGAAUGGUUCAUUUGAUGAGUAGGCUGCAAAUUAGUACAAUUCCAAAUCUUUAAAAAGCUUUGAAAUUUAUAACAGAGGCUCUGCUUUAUGUAUGCUUUUUGUUUUGCAGAAGAUUGAUGAUUCCAUGCAAAAUAAAUUGAUAUUUUGUGCUUAAGAGCAAAAUCAAAUGUGGCUGAAGAAUAUAUUGCCAUGAUGUAUUGCUUGUCCUAACUCCCUAGAAGUGAGUUAAGUUAAGUUUGCAAUCAUUGCUAAUGCAUGAUUUAUUUAGAUCAUGGCCCUACCACAUGAAAUGGGCAGUAUGCACCAUUUUCAGUAACUAGCAACAGGAUAGCAAUUCUCAGAACUUAGUUACUAAAAAUGGAUUCUCUUCAGACACAGAGGUGAGGGUGAAAAUAUGGCUGAUGGAACUCUUGCAUCAAAAUAUAUCUGCCAGAUUUAGAUAUUGACUUUUCAUGAGACUAAGGAGAAAUUAGUAUAAACACAAGGGUACCUAACCUACAAAACUUUUAAUCAUCAUUCUUAAUAUAAUUUUGGCAAUUUUUCCUUGCACAUUUGUGAUUGCUCUGUGUGGACGAUGCAAUAUAAUUAAAGUUUCAGAAAUAUAAUUAGAAGAGCCCAAAGGGAGAGUGUUCAAGAAGGAACUGCAGAUGCUGGAAGAUCGAAGGUACACAAAAAUGCUGGAGAAACUCAGCGGGUUUCGGCCCGAAACGUUGCCUAUUUCCUUCGCUCCAUAGAUGCUGCUGCACCCGCUGAGUUUCUCCAGCAUUUUUGUGUACCAAAGGGAGAGUGUUUGGAUAUAAGGCAAAUUAAGCUAGUGUUUUGCAUCUACUUGAUAAAACAAGGUUGCAACCUAAGUGGUUUGGUUUCAGUUUUGCUCAAUUCACCAUCAAGGCUUCAUUUGUGAAUGCGGUUGACUCCUGAACUGCGAUUAAGUAUUCAAAACUGCAAAGGUUGAUCCUUUCCAUGAACAGAAACUUUGUGCUGUAUUGUCCUCAAUGAAGUGCUGCAUUUCUAAAGCUCAAUAUCAUUUUGCAUCAUCCUUGUGCACAUAUUGCCAUUCUGGUUCUGUUUCUUUAAACUUGGUAAUCCAGAUUUCGAAACCUGGACUGAACUGUUGGCAACAAUAAAUGCAUUGUAUUUUCGGU